AUGACGGGUAGGCUCAACCGUCUCCCUUCUGCUUGCACCGGUGACAUGGUUAUGGCCACCGUCAAGAAGGGUAAGUCCGAUCUCAGGAAGAAGGUCUUCCCCACAGUCAUUGUCCGCCAGUGCAAGCCAUGGCGCCGAAAGGACGGUGUCUACAUGUACUUUGAAGAUAAUGCUGGAGUGAUUGUUAAUCCCAAGGGAAAAAUGAAAGGUUCUGCAAUCAGUGGUCCCAUUGGAAAGGAGUGUGAUGAUCUUUGGCCUAGGAUUGCAAGUGCUGCCAAUCCAACGGUGGAGUUCCUAGAGUCUGACUCGAUCCCUGCUCCUCAUAGCGCUGAUAACCCUGACCCUCAAAUUGAUCCUACUGGCAAAAUAGGACUGCUGGUGCUGGGGAGACAUAAUGGGGACGGUAAAACGCCUGUUGGGUCGGCGAAGAAUGAUGGGGAGACUGAUGUGGAGACUGAUGGGAUGAAUGAUGUAGAGAAUGUGGAGACUGAUGGGAUGAAUGAUGUGGAGAAUGUAGAGACUAAUGGGAUGAAUGCUGAGAAGAAUGGUGUGGAGACAUAA